AACUUCAGUUUUGAGCUAACCGUCGAAUACUUCAAAUGUCCGCGCUCGGAUUCGGAAUCGGAACUUACUUAUGUGUUGUGUUUUUCUUAACCAUUUGAUUAAUAUUGUAUUUUUGUUGUUUUAUUGUUGUUCUUUAAGUAAAAUACUCUUAUACUAACCCUUAGUUUUGUAUAUGUAUUCUUAACUGUUUGUGUGUUUUCAUUCCCCCUUCAAAUUCAGUUAACUAUUACAAUCAAAGUAUUUAUAAAAUGUAUCAACCAUACAACCCACACACACAUACAAGCGAGUCAAGUGUAUAAUAAUUGUUAUGCAUAUACAUACCUUGAAAGGUAAAAUAUUAAAAAUAAGUUAAAAAAAAGGAAUUAAAAAAAGCAACAAAAAUAUUAAAAAUAAAUAUUCUUUAUGACCAACGUCGCUCGUUUACGACGACUACGACAACGACAGCGACGUUUGUGUGAAAUUUCUCAAGAAGAAAGUUGAUGUGAUUAUUUUUUGUUCAAUUUGUGUGUUGCAUAUUAGGUUUCCAAAAAGAAAACAAAAUUUGAUUCAAACUAUUUACUGGAUGUGUGAUCUGCAUUAAUGAAAUAAAAAUACCAUAUUAGGAUUUCACUUAAUACGAAUUCAAAGUUUGUGAACAUUUGUUCUUCUUUGUUUUGAGUUAUUGUGCUUAUUAAUUGGGAUACUUUAACGUAAGCUGAUAAGCUGAAAUAUUUAAAGGAUAGCCCAUAUGAAAAAAAAAUAUAACCAACAAGCCCCUGUUCAAUCAAAAAGCACCUUGAGUCCUGAAUCUCAUCAACCCUAUACUUAUCAAAUUUCAACACUCCAGAUCGUUUUGCGCAAAUAAAAUGCCGAUAAGUUGUAAUUUUUAUGAAUCUGGAUGAUUUCAAAAAACUAUCCCAGCGCACGAAAGAAAUACUCCGAGUGCAAUAUCAUUCAUCGCAGUGUAAGAAAUCGAAUUCACAACAAGAAAAUAAAAAUACAAAACUGAAGAAAUCACAGACGGGCUGCUCUAAUGCAAUAAAUACGGAGAAUUGGUUCGCAUCUGCAACAACUAAGAAGUAUAGUGUUUUGCUUAGAGAUUGUCUUCGAUAAUUAAAAAUACCAAACAUGUAUCGACCAAAUUUCUAUGAAUCCACAUGCCUGCGUUGCAACGAAAUCGUCUACCAGGUGGACCGAGUUGGCCCACUAAAAGACUUCACAUUCUUUCAUUCGGGCUGUUUCAAAUGUGUCCACUGUGGGACGAAAUUAACACUUAAAACGUAUUUCAAUAGCCAACACAAGCAUGACGACAAGGAGGUGUAUUGCAGUUCACAUGUACCAAAGAGUGGACCUGGUCAUCUUGAUCAAACAUCUGUAGGUAUAAGACAGGCUCUGAAUGUGCCACGAACAAAUAAAUUUGUUAAUGAGCAAAUACGAGGUUCAAGAUUAAAUGGGAUCGAUGGUGUAAGUUCCCGUCAAUCUACGCCAAAUGGCUAUGGCAGCCGUGAAGUUAGUUCACCCUCACAAAACGACUCUGACUACAAGUACGGCCGCUUCGAUGCAAGUGCCUUACACAUUGCACAUGCAAUCAAACAAACCGAGAUCCAAAAAGCCUACAAUAAGCAACGAGAAAAACCAAUCGAUUUCUACUUGGCCCGUGAAGAACAAGCUCAUCUUGAAAUGAAACAUCGCAAGGAAGAAGAUGACUUGUAUCGCAAAUUUGCUAGGAAACGCGAAGAAGAGGACCGCAAGAUACAAAGUGAAUUCCAAGAUGAAUGGGAGCGAGAGCUGCAGCGCCUAACUCAUAAAUUCGAAAAGGAACUGGCUACAUCGAGAAGAAAUCGUGAUGAGCAGAGUGUAUUAACGCUUCGACACCAACAGCAAAAAGAUGACCUGGAAAAGAAUAUGACACUUCGCCGAAGUAAAAAGAAGGAGAGCAUUACUCGUAAAAUGCUUGAACACGAGCGUUACGAAACAGCGGCACUUGUUGAUCGGCAAUCUAGUGAAAUGUUAGAGCUUAUUAGUGCCCGACGAAGUGAAUACAUGCAAAACGAGAGCAUCUUCUUGGACGACGAUUUUAAUGAAGGUGUCAUCGCAAUAGAGUAUCCCAAUAUCGCUCCGGUCCCGUCACCGCCAGCAGUCAGUAAAUUUCAAAUAUAUACCGAUCCUAUUGAGUUUGAGGAUGUAGAUCGUAUCGCCAUUUCGGUGGCCCAAGAGGAUCAGAAGACCUUCACAGAUCUUGUCCGUCAGCUGGUUGGCCGUUGCACCACUGAUAUUGAAAAGGCUCGCACAAUCUUUCGAUGGAUAACAGUCAAAAACUUGAAUGCAAUGCACUUUGAUGACGAUUUGAGGGGUGACACUCCAAUGGGACUACUGAGAGGCAUUAAAUACGGAACUGAAAGUUAUCAUGUCCUUUUCAAACGUCUAUGCAGUUAUGCUGGUCUUCAUUGUGUAGUCAUUAAGGGCUAUUCAAAAAGCGCUGGCUAUCAGCCGGGUGUUAAAUUCCAAGAUUCUAGAUUUAGGAACUCUUGGAAUGCUGUUUAUGUGGCUGGUGCAUGGCGGUUUGUACAAUGCAAUUGGGGAGCCAGGCACCUUGUGAAUGCCAAGGAAGCUCCAAAAACUGGGCGAGGGAAAAACGAUAGUCUGCGAUACGAAUACGACGACCAUUACUUCCUCACGGACCCUCGUGAGUUCAUCUAUGAAUUUUAUCCUCUUCAGGAGGAUUGGCAGCUUCUUAAGAGACCAAUAACUUUGAGAGAAUUCGAAAAUCUACCAUUUGUACGAUCACUUUUCUUCCGAUACGGAUUGCACUUCGCUGAUGAAGGUUAUGGAGCAGUGGUUUUAACUGAUGAUACAGGUGCUGCAACAGUCCGGAUAGCUAUGCCAGCCGAUAUGCAAAGUUGCCUAAUUUUCCAUUACAACCUUAAAUUUUAUGACAGCGAAGAAGAUUCAUACGAUGGAGUGUCAUUGAAACGUUUUGUAAUGCAAUCAGUGAUUGGAAAUAUUGUUGCAUUCCGGGUUCAUGCGCCAUGCUCGGGUGCAUUCUUGUUGGAUAUAUUUGCUAAUGCAGUAACACCGCAGGAGUACCUAACCGGUGAACCAAUGAAAUUUAAAUCGGUUUGCAAAUUCAAAAUUUGCUGUGAAGAAUUGCAGACCGUAAUGGUACCCUUGCCAGAUUGUGCCAGUGGGGAGUGGGGUCCAACUAAAGCAACAAGACUUUUUGGAUUGAUUCCAAUUACACAUCAAGAGCCACUCAUUUUUGCUGGACGGAGCUUGGAGUUACAAUUCCGCAUGUCUCGACCCCUGACUGAUUUUAUGGCCACUCUACACAAGAACGGUAUCGAGGAAAAGAAGUUAUCCAAAUAUGUUGCACAUACAAAUACUUCUGAUGACAUAGUCACGUUUGUUAUAACUUUCCCUGAGGAAGGUCAGUACGGUUUAGAUAUUUACACAAGAGAAGUUGGAGUCACAGUGCAAAAUAAUAAUUCUCCUACGGAAAAACAUCUGCUGACGCAUUGCUGUAAAUAUUUGAUAAACUCAUCCAAAAGAAAGUAAAUGUUAAAGUAAAAGUUGCCCAAGGGUCAAACUGUAGCCUUUUUUAUACAUAAUUUUAAAACCUUAACAAAUAUUUAUAUAUGAUGAUGUAGAAUAAUAAUUCAUUUGUUUUUUUUUUUUGUUUACAUUUAAUUUAAACGAAAUUCUAGUUACUUUUAACAAAUAAUACUGAUGUUCAAAUAAUUGUAAAAUAUACUUUGCUGAUUUAAAUAAAUAAUCAGCAAGAAUUAAUAUUAGUUAAACCAAUAACAAACAAUUGAAACAUUGAAAACUUAAAUAAAUGGUGCUUUAAAUUACAUUUAUAUCUAUAAAUUAGGUUUCAGCAAAAAAAACUCUUUAUUAUAAAAAGUACAACGCAUAAAGAUCAUUAAGAUUUAUAGUCGGGGACUUGUCUCAACAAACAGUAAGGCGAUUUAAAAUUUUAAAAACAAAUCGCCAAACAUUGUUCACUGAUUAUCUAGACUUUACUUCAUUUAAAAAUAUUAAAUUAAUAAUUGGCUUGAAAACAUAUCCUAUUUUUUAACAUUUAUAUUUAAAGUAAUUAUGUUUUUUGUAAGUCCUAGGUAAGCGUAUACAAAACUUUCAGUCAUAUUUUUUUACGAAAUCUUUAUAAAUACACCUUUAUUAGACUUACCUUAUCCAUUACUUUGAAGUUGAUUAUUCACCAGCUCUCCGACUAUUAAGAAUGUAUCGAGCUUACAAAAAAUUGUAUCUUAACUUGUUGAUGUAUGUACAUAAAUUAAUUAUAACUCAAAUGACAAAAUUACGAUCUAAAUAUAUUAUAUUUUUAUAACCUAGGCUUAAAAGUAAUGAAAUUUAUCAUAUUUAUUGAAUAAACAUUUAAAACAAACAAAUA